UAAAGUAAGGUCUUUUGCAAAAGGUUCACCGUAGUAAAAUUUGUCACGUCCUCAGCUGCAUUUGUUUUGGUUUUCCUGAGAAAAAUUGUAUUUUUCUUUUCAUUAUCGCUAUUAGCAUUAGAUUUAUUUAUUAUUUGAUUUUCAAAGUGAUAGCGCGUCAAUUAAGCAAGAAUUUCGUUUUUGCAAUUAAAUCGUAGAAAAUGACCAGUGAAGAACUUCUCCAGAAGUUUAUCAGUCUUGGCAUGACUGAACAAAAGGCCAAGGAGACGCUGAAGAAUGCCAAUGUUACGAAAAAUCUUAAUGAAGUGCUGCAGGGAAUUGAUCCGGGAAGCCUUCCGGAAGGUUCUGGGAUGUUGCUUUACCAUAUGGCCUCGAAGAUAAAGCCACAGAUCUGUGGACACUUGGGUCUCCUCGGUAAGUACAUUAAAGAGCAGAAACUGGAUACAAUCCCACGAGUUGACGCUGCUCUGGAGUUUCUCCUGACGCAUGGAGUCAAGGACUCUAGUGUGAAUCUUCAGGAUUUUGAAAAGGCCUGUGGUGUGGGCAUUGUAGUGACCCCUGAGGAAAUUGAUAGGGCUGUGGAAGGAGUGAUUGGGAAAAAUCGGGAGGCGAUCUUGCAGCAGAGGUAUCGUUUCAAUAUCGGGAAAAUUAUGCAGGAAGUACGUACAGCUUUGCCAUGGGCUGACGGAAAAGCUGUCAAGAGUGAGGUUGAGGUGCAAAUUUUCGAUCUGUUGGGCCCCAAGACUGAGGAAGAUCUGAAACCUCCGCCAAAAGUUGAAAAGAAACCCAAGAAAGAAAAUGAGGUUAAGGUGAAUGUCCGGGAGGAUUCUGGGGAUGGGGCUUGCAACAUCGCUGAGUUGAUGCGUACAAAGGUUCAUUUCCAUGCUCCCGGGGAGAAUUACAAAACCGAUGGGUAUGUGGUGACGGCAAAUACGGAAAGAUUGCUUCGGGAGCAUCUGAAAGCUACUGGAGGAAAAGUCCGCACGCGCUUCCCACCAGAACCCAAUGGAAUCCUCCACAUUGGCCACGCUAAAGCUAUUAAUAUCAACUUUGGCUAUGCUCAGGCUCAUGGAGGCACGUGCUACUUGAGAUACGAUGAUACCAAUCCAGAAAAAGAGGAAGAGAAAUUCUUUGUGGGAAUCAGGGAUAUGGUGGAAUGGCUGGGCUACAAACCCGCUAAAGUCACGCACUCCAGCGACAAUUUCCAGCAGCUCUACGAAUGGGCAGUGCUGCUGAUCCAGAAGGGCAUGGCCUAUGUCUGUCAUCAAAAGGGCGAGGAGAUGAAGGGAUUCAAUCCUGAACCUUCUCCUUGGCGCGAUCGUCCGAUCCAGGAGAGUCUCCAGCUCUUUGAGGACAUGAAGAAUGGGAAGAUUGCCGAAGGCCAAGCUACGCUGAGGAUGAAAAUCACAUUGGAGGAGGGAAAACAGGAUCCAGUAGCUUACAGGAUCAAGUUUAUCCCUCAUCCGAGGACCAGUGAUUGGUGCAUCUAUCCGACGUAUGAUUACACUCAUUGCCUCUGCGACAGCAUCGAGAACAUCACACACAGCCUUUGUACGAAGGAGUUCCAGUCUCGUCGGAGUUCCUACUACUGGCUCUGCAACGCCCUGGAUAUCUACUGUCCUGUCCAGUGGGAGUACGGAAGGCUCAAUGUUAACUAUACGGUGGUGUCGAAGCGCAAAAUAGCCAAGUUGAUCACGGAGAAGAUUGUCCAGGACUGGGAUGAUCCCAGACUUUUUACUCUGACUGCCCUACGUCGAAGGGGCUUUCCUCCUGAAGCCAUUAAUAAUUUCUGCGCCCAAAUGGGUGUUACUGGGGCUCAGGGAAGUGUAGAUCCUGCCAUGCUGGAGGCUUCUGUGCGAGAUGUUUUGAACAACACAGCUCCCAGGACGUUGGUGGUCCUCGAACCUCUGAAAGUCACUCUCACGAAUUUCCCCUAUAGCAAUCCUGUUGCUAGAACUGUGGAAAAUUUUCCAGGUAGCCCAGAAAGGGGUACCCAUGAGAUAGUUCUGGACAAAGUGAUCUUCAUCGAAAGAUCGGACUUCAAGGAAGUUCCCGAAAAGGGCUAUCGUCGCCUGUCUCCGGCUCAACCUGUGGGAUUACGGCACGCUGGACUCGUGAUAGCAGUGUCUGAGAUUGUGAGGGAUACUGCAGGAAAUAUUAAGGAGCUUCUGUGCACGUGUCAGACACUCGAAGUGGCUGAGAAACCCAAAGCUUUCGUGCAGUUUGUGUCUAAGCCUUUGGAUGUCGAAGUGAGACUCUAUGAAUCACUGUUUCGUCACAAGAAUCCCGAGGAUCCCAACGAAGUGCCUGGAGGUUUCCUCAGUGAUUGCAAUCCCAACUCCCGGACGGUUCUUCGGGCUUUAGCUGAUGGAAGUUUGAAGGGGGCUAAAGUUUACGAAAAGUUCCAGUUUGAGCGAAUUGGCUUCUUCUCUGUGGAUCCGGAUUCCACUUCAGAGAAGCUGGUCUUCAAUAGAACAGUAACACUAAAAGAGGAUGCUGGGAAAAUGUGAAAAACCCUAGCUUCAGACUAAAUAAAAAAUUAUCAAGAAA